UCGUCUGCCUGUCCGCUCUUCAAAGUUCGGAACGCUCUCAGUCCCCAUCCCAGCUCAAAGAGACGCUACAGUGCGAUUUGUUUUCUUUGGUCUGGUAUUUUGAACGCCAGCCAGACUGCGGUCAGCCCAGAGCCCAGCCCAGAGCCCAGCCACAGGAAGGCGCUCCCUCAGGACCACAUUCUGUGGGAAGGGGCGAGAGGCAAGAGUGGCCCCCUUCUGAACUAACGGGACAAGACGAGUUGAGAAGGUGCACCAGCUAAUCCCACAUUUACCGAUAAAUCACCCUGCCAGACCUUUCAGUUACUGACAAAUCUUCCAGACGUUCAACACAACCGAAGCAGGAUGGUCUGCCUGAAGAUGCAACGAUAUUUAACCUGCACUCUGCACCGGCUGCAGAAAGGACCAGGUUACACCUAUACGGAGCUCCUGGUCUGGUACUGUGAGAACACCAACACGCAUGGACCCAAGCGCAUUGUAACCGAGGGGCCCAAGAAGCGGAUGAUGUGGUUCAUUCUGACUCUGGUAUUUACAGGGCUGGUCUGUUGGCAGUGGGUGAUCCUAAUUCAGAGUUACCUAUCCUGGGAGGUCAGCAUGAACCUGCGGACUGGUUUCAAAGCAAUGAACUUCCCUGCUGUCACCAUCUGUAACAGCAACCCUUUCAGGUACACAAGGUCCAAGCAGUUGUUGCAGCAUUUGGACAAGUUUGCCAAACUUGCACUUGAACAUAUUUACAGUUAUGACCAGAAUGGAACAAUUCCAGCUGUACUCCCACCAUCACAGACAAACUGGAGCAAGGUAGCAUCACUUGUGAUCAUCGAAACAAAUGAACAGGGUGUGGAGACAGUGUUACACAUCCUGGGAUCUGAUCAAAAUCAAACUCAUUCAGCAGCUUGGAACCGGCCACAGCUGGGGUCCUUCAAAGUGGCACUGCAACUGUGUGAUCAGAACAGGUCAAGCUGUAUAUACAGAAACUUCAGCACAGCACUAGAGGCAAUGAAUGAGUGGUACUCCUUGCAUUACAUGAGCAUCCUGUCCAACAUGCCUCGAACAGACCGCCUGAUGAUGGGCGAGCAGGGACAGGAUUUCAUUCUGGCUUGUGUUUUCGGUGGACAGCCCUGUAACCUUGAAAACUUCACACAGCUGAUGCAUCCAACGUAUGGCAACUGUUACAUCUUCAACUGGGGUUCGGAGAUAGAGCCGCUGGUAACAUCCAAUCCUGGAGCAGAGUUUGGGCUGAAGCUGGUGCUAGAUAUCUCUGAGGAGGAUUACAACCCCUUUCUCUCCAUUGCAGCUGGAGCCACGUUCAUGCUGCACCAGCAGAACACUUUCCCCUUCCUCCAGGAUCUGGGGCUGUAUGCCAGGGCUGGCACAGAGACCUCCAUAGGCAUAUUUGUGGACGAAAUAGUACGUUUGGGUGGUUCCUAUAGUCACUGUACGUUUGAUGGUUCAGAUGUGGAUGUGAAGACUCUUUACAAUACCACCUAUACAAUGCAGACUUGUCUCCGGUCCUGUCUCCAGGAUCAUAUGGUGAAGUUCUGUGGGUGUGGGCAUCACAACUACCCUCUACCAGAAGGGGAAUAUUACUGUAAUAAUGAGGAUCAUCCAAACUGGGGUUACUGUUAUUACCACCUGAAACAGCAAAUAGAAGCUGAACAUUCAGACUGCCUGGAGAGCUGCAAGCAGCCCUGCAAUGAGACCCAGUACAGACUGACCAUGUCUAUGGCUGAUUGGCCAUCCGAGUCCUCUGAGGAUUGGAUUUACCACAUCUUAUCGUAUGAAAGGGAUUCCUCAGCUGCUGUUACUGUUAACAGAAGAAACAUCCUGAAAUUAAACUUUUACUUCCAAGAGAUUAAUUACAGGACAAUACAGGAGGACCCGGCCCUAACAAUCGAUUGGCUUCUAUCUAAACUCGGCGGCCAGUUUGGAUUCUGGAUGGGUGGCUCCAUACUCUGUAUCAUUGAACUGAUAGAGAUCCUGAUCGAUUGUCUUUGGAUCACUGUCAUCAAGGUGGUGAAGAGGUGUACAUGUUGCAGGUCACGUCAAGCUCAGAUUCAUUGCUCUGACCCACCACCAACUGUGACCCAGUCAAUUGAAGACCACACCAAUGCUAGGUUCGAACCAGACCAAGCUGAAGCCCAUACAGAAAGACCAUGUACCUUGGUAAUCCCAGGAACACCCCCUCCUCAGUAUGACUCUUUACGCAUCUACUCGAUUCCCCAGCGCAGGAUAACUUGGGAUUGUGAUGAAAAUUGAUGGAUAUUUUGUGCCACAUUCUACAGUUGGAGAAACAGGCUUAAGGAAAACCAUUGCUGCUGCCUCUGGUUAGCACAAUCCACAGAGAUCACCUCUCCCCCCAUCCCCCCAAAAAAGCACUCACAAGCACACAGUACAAUUUGUAAAAAAAAGAACUUGCACUAUUCAUGACCUCAGGAAGUCCAGCAUUAUUUCACAAUUAAAUACCUUUGAACACAAAGCAUGAUCUCACAAUCAACAACAAAAUAAAUAACCAGGUUACGAUUGAGGAAAUAACUAUUUGUCAGGAUGACAACAUUGCAAAACUUGGAAGAGUACUUUGGAAUGUAUUUGCCUAAAGAGAAGAGAUGGCAUUUGGAUUAAUGCCUCAUCUGAAAGUUACACUCUUCUCCCAGCCCCACACUGGGAGUAUCCUCCUGGAUUCUGGGUUCAAGUCUCUCGAAUGGGAGUUGAAUCCACAACUUCUGACUUAGAGGCAAAAUGCUACUCACUGAAUCAUGACUUACUUUACUGAGUACAGGAAGUUUUGACCAUAAUGUUGUUUGAAAUAUUUAGCCGUAAACAUGCUUGUGUUGAAUUUAACAGCAACCAAGUCUAAUUUUAAAAAAAGGACUUGUUAAAGAUCACUUGCUUUGAAACAAAAUUAACAGUAUAAACAUAUUGAUGUAAAAUGUGGAAAUAAAUCAGUAUUCCAGAAUUUGAGCAGUGU